AUGAUACUAUCUGAACUGGUACAGUUGUUCGAUCGAUCGUCGACUACAUUGACGGAAACCGAACAAGGAGCGUUGCUCAGUCGCAUCGAGCUGGCUAAAAACAAAGUGUUCAAUGAAUCUUUCUGGGCAACGAACGUCGACGUUGCUGGCAUUUUCCAAGACAUGGGAGGUUCUAUAAAACCCAUGCCGCAAGGCAUUCUUCUCCGUGCCAUUCCUGACGAGCAUGGCGGCGGCCGUUGUUAUCCUUUGGUCUACGCCAUGUCUGUGGCGCUGGCAUCGUCAGAAUUCGCCAUUGACCAGCUUUGCGCCAAGCUGGGUGCCCUCUGCCCCAGCAAAGAAUCCGACAUGGAGAGUGCGGCGAUGUUCAAACGAUCUUUGGAGGAUCUUCACACUAGCUACCUGGCGACAGAGGUGUCAAAACCAAUUCGCCACAUGAAAUUUGAGGACGCCAUCGGCAUACUCAUGAAUAGCACCGACAACACCAUGAUAGCAAUGCACACAGAGGUACAUUCCAUGUUGCUGGGUGUGACAAGGAAGGGCAAUUCAACCGGGUGGUAUUCUACGAUCCAAACUUCACUGUGGCCACAUUCACGUCGGGCAACGCACUGCUUGAAGUGUUACACGGAUGUCACGUUGCCAUAA